AUGUCCAUAGCAGGUCAAUCAUCGUCACUACCAAAUACCAAUUCAGUAUCAAAAAAGAAAAGCACGUUAAAUAACAAAAUAGGUAUGAUCAUUUAAUUAAGAAUUUUAGUUAUCAAAUUUUAACAUCCCAAAAUUGACACACUUAUCUUAAAACUAAACUAAUGUCGUAAUAUCAGGUGA